GUGUUCAUUCAAAGAAAGAGGGAAGUAUUUGUGUUCAGAAGAAGUGAAGUCAUUAACAGAUACGGGGAGAGAGAGAUAGAGAAGAUAGGGCAUACAUAUAAAGAGAAAGUAAAUAUAGGAGUGAGUGCUGUUCAUCCGAGUGAAGUUUAGUCUGUAGAGCUGUAGCACCAAUUGAGUCAUCUUUAGUUAACUGUAGAGCUGGGUGAGGAGGAGGAGGAGGAGGAGGAGGAGGAGGAGGAGGAGGGAUAUGCAGCGUGUGAUGCCAUGAGUCCUGUGCUGCUGUCUCUGGAGUAGACAGAGCAGCACAACAGAGGAGACCAGAAGACCAGAACCAGGUCCUAUUCUUCUGUUCUGACCGCUACAAGGUUCUCUGUGCUGUGGUUGACCGCUGUCUGUGUCUGACCCCACAUUGGCCCAUGGGACGAACCGUUCACCAAUCAGAGUGCGUUGUCUUGAUGGCCAUGAUGACGAGCAAGAAGCAUCAAGAGUUGGAGGUUCGUCUUGAGGACAUGCUGUCGCGCAUCGCCAUGGAGACACUGGAGAUUAAACAACUGGAGCAGCAGCUGACUGAAGGCCAGAUCCUGGUGAAUGAGGCUCUCCAGGUGGACUUGCAGGGAAUCAUCUCUGGGAUUCAAGAAUACAUUGGGGGGCUCAGACAGCAGGUCUGUCAGGCCCAGGAUGAGGCUCGCUGCUUGGGGAUACAGAACCAGGCUCUGCAGCGCCAACUGGACGCUGUUAAGCUCCACUGCAGGCGGUUGGAGACAGAAGCCAGGACACACAGACAGCAGUUUCAGGAUGGUCUGGACCAGUUGUUACAGGCUCUGAUCAGCGGACAGGAUUGCUUCAGCUCCCAUGGCCUGGAGGACCUGUUUAGUGACAGGCUGAGGCAGAUGUACCAGGGCAUCCAGCAAUAUGUAGCAGACCAGAUCCGGAGGGCCCAGGAGCAGAGCCAGCACACCAAGGACCAACAGGUCCGAGACCAACACAUCCAGGGCGAGAGGCUGCGGGCGGAUUCACAGGGAGCGUGCGAGGCCCUACUCAACUCCCAGGCCCAGGUCCAGAAUCUCCAGCACAUGAUGGCAGAGGUGCUGUCCAGGAGAGAGAAGUGCAGCAAGUCCAUGUCUGAGUCCCAACGACACACAGACCUGACGAUAAGGUGGACAACACAACAGCUCCGGGCUCUCUCUGAUACUUUAGAACAACUGGAACCACAUCAGGAGCCUCCGGACUCUGGCUUGGGGCUGCACUACCUCAGUUCACCUGAAGGGGGGCGCUCUGACAUAAAGGUGCCACCACGUUUGGACCACUACAGUGUAGAUGACAACCCUACAGACACUGAUGCAGGGAAAGGCGGAGCUACAUGCCUCCCUGCUGGGAUAGCAGACAGCCAGGAGCCCCUCUGUGGUUGUUCCCCUUCUCCAGCCUGUAAUCUCCCAGAGCACACAGACCUGAUUGACAGAUUAGAGGAGCAGAGGAAGAGGUUGGAAGAGGAGAGGAAGAUGAUCCAUCUGGGCAGGAAACCGCUCAGGUCAACAAGUCAACCAAACCGGUGUGUGUGUCUGUGUGAGGAGGUGCAGUGUGUGGAACACACUCUGUUAAAAAGGAGAGCAGAACUUAGACAGGCAGAUCGACGCCUGAUGGAUGCACAAAGCUGUCUACACAAUACCAGACACAAGGCCAGAUGUGUGCAGAGGCAGCUGGUGUUGUCUCAGUCAGAGCUGGAGGGGCUGAAACACAGACUGGACGAGAGCGCUACCUGUCUCCUGCAGACCAAACAGCAGCUCUGGCAGACGGAGGCGGAGCUUCAGCAGGUGAAAGGGAGGAGGAGUAGGGGAAAGAGACGAUGAAGAAAGGAGACACAGGUGCGACUCACGCACACAGCUCACGUCCAGUUUCCUGGUUUUAAAACGCAGAACCUUUUGAAACCGACCUUUGGUUAUCAACCUUUUCUUUGCUCAUAUUAAAAUAUACAACCAGGAAUCUUGAUGUGAGGUAAAGCCUCUGCAAACCAAUGCUGUAGCGCCUCAGGGUUACCAAUAUGGUAAAUGGACUACAUUUAUAUAGCGCUUUUCUAACCAGUCGCGACUCAAGGCACUUUACAUUAUUGAUAGUCUCGCAAAGCCAGACCAAACUACAGCAAGUAGAAUGGUCUGGAACCACGCUUUUCGUCUUCACGUUCGUCUUCACGUUCAGAGGCUGUCAGAGAGAUGGCUCAAUCCCAACCGCAAACGCCACAAAAAACGAUCAAAGAUGAAUGUCGCCUAUGUGAAGAUCCUUUUAUCGAUAAAAAAUAACAAACAUCGUUUAUUUCUUUCUCACAAUGAUGUCAAGACACCAUACACUUUGGCACUUGAGGAGCUCACGGGACCUAUCAAAACGACAGACGUUUUAACAUUUAUAUGUUAAAACGGCAAGAACAUCUUUCUUCCUCAGCAAAUGCUGUAAGCAAAUCUUUUGAAGUUCUUUGCAAUUUUCGACGGAAAGAGCCAAACAUGCUAGCUUUACAGCGCCGUCAAAGUCCUCGCCAUACUGCUUAGUGUCCGAGUUUGAGGGGGAGCACAAUACGCUCAGCCAGACUACAUUAUUGACAACAUUCAUCCAUUCAUGCACACACCGACGGUGGUGUCAACCAUGCAAGGUGACAGCCAGCUCGUCGGGAGCAGUUAGGGUUAGAUGCCUUGCUCAGGGACACCUCAAAACUCAGCUAGGAGGAGCCCGGGAUCAAACUAGCAGCCUUCCGGUUACCAGCCAACCCGCUCUACCUCCUGAGCCACAUGCCACCCCUUUGCACACAGCCGGGUGUUUCUAUGUAGACAGUAUGAUAAGUGCAUCACACGUUCAUCCCCCAACCACUGGACUACCUUGCAGCUGAGGAAUGGAAUGUGUUGCUGGACUAGACAAAGAGUUUUCUAUGUAUAUAUGACAAUGACAAUCAAGAAGUGACUCUGAAAAGAAAGUCAUCGUUGGGGUGAAAAUUAGUGUAAACCGGACUGCUCUGAACUCAAUGAAACAUAGGCGGAAUGGUCCGGAUGGUGGUGGUCACACAACUACAUCAUUGUCGGCGUAGUUUCAACUCAGUAUCCACCUCUGACUGCCUUUCAGUAUACAUUACUCACUCACAUGAAUGUUCGCCUUCUUUACGUAAACCGGCCACUCAUUUAACCAUGUUACUGUAAACACCUAUUGUUUUUCUAUGGAGGACCGUCUAUGUAACAGUACAACUUGCCCCAUGUAAACCAACACUGAGGGCAAAGUUUAUUGCAAAUUUUACUUCAAAUAAAACACUAUUGAAUUAA